ACGCACACGUCUCCGACUAUUGGCGCGUAGGACUGCACGCCCUUGGUUUCAACCCUCGCCGGCUGCCGCUCAGUCCGAUAUAUCAUCACCACCGGACGAGCCAUUGCAGCUGCAAUUGCUGCUUCUCACUAGCAACCAUGGUCGACGCAACCGUAACUUCGCAGUUGAAGCAGUGGACAUUCGACAAGCCCGAAGUUGUCGCACGCCUUCAACAACGCUCCAGCACCGACAGUGCCGCCUCGAGCCCUAACCUGUGCGACGAUGCUCCCGACACGCUACGCAUAGACUCCGCUACCACAGAACGACCAAGUCCACCCACUACCACCAGCAACAACAAGGAAGGCGCCGUCUUCCAAGAGCGAUACCUAUCCAGCGAAGAAGACCUGACUGCCGACGACGCGUCUGGCUCUGAUUCUGAAUACGACUACGAUGACGUUGUUGUCCACGAUCUCUCACAAGAGUGCAAGGCGAGGACCAUGUCAGUGUCGAGAUGGGACAAGGGAAAGAGCUGCGACAUGGCCGUGCUGGUGUCAUACGCGCAUGCAGGUCGUCCCAAAGUUGUCGAGAACCAACGCUCGCCCGUCGAUCGCCCAACGGUCCAGCAGCGCUCGGCUUCUGUCGCGAACCUGCUUCCCGUCACAUCAGCUGGUAGGCUACGAAAGGCAGACGAGGCACAGCGACUAUCCAUGAGGGUCAUGCCUACAAGUCGUCUGGCUUCUCCUCCCCUCUCACGCUCCACAUCGCCUGUCGCCGACCCUGAGCCUCGACGACCAUCUACCAGUCACAGCCCCAUCACUACCAAGAUUGCCACAUACCCCGACUCCGCUUCCUUCGCUUCGUCCUUCCAGACUGCAUCGACUCGCAGCUACUCACCCGCACCGAGCCAUGCACAGAGCGAGGCACCUCGUCGACCAUCCUCCUCCACCGCAGGAGACGCACAAUCAGCCCGCUCCUCUGUGUACAUGCCAUCAAAAUCCCGCCUUGACCUGGCACGGAUACAAACAUCGCAGUCAUCGUACCAAUCGUCGUCGUACAGGCAAUCACAAUUCACGCCAUUGACCCCCAACUCACCAGCACUUUCCUUCCUCAGCUCCGACCCUUACGAGAACUCAAAUAAAAGCGCCGCAUCGCCCAUCAUCAAGAAGCCUGCUGCGCACAGACGGUUAAGAUCGAUAUCCAUGAAGUUGUCUCUAGCCAAGAUUGCCAUCUCACCAGCGAAGAAGCCAUACGACUCCCGCAUCAACGGCAAGGCUCCUCCUACACCGAUGACACCAGGACCCAUGACGCCUCAGACUGCACCAAUUGAGGGUUCAGCCAACUUCUCCAGCCCAAACAAGCUCCGUCGCGCAUCCACUAUCCUCCGACCAAAAUCUCGGGGAAACGACUCUAAGAGGGCGCCUACACCAGAGAUGGCUCCUCCGCUUCCCCAGAUCAACGCCAGCACAAUGCAGCAAAAGCGUGCAACCACCCUUGGCAGGAUGACGGCUCGCGGAGCCAACGAGCGUGAGCCUACUCUUGUCAUUCCGGAAUUCCCAGCAAAUGACGACGAUGCCACGUCCAGCGUCAAGAGCCGCGCAAUCCGACGACGCAAGUCACUAAUGGAUUUCAUGGAUUCGCUGUAAACGCAUCAAGACCUCACUUUGUUUCGAAACGCAUCCCCACCCCCGAACGCAUAAACGCAUAGACGACACACCAGUCUGCGACUACCUUGUACAUUCUACUCCACCUCUACUACCUUCUCCCUGCAUGCCAUCCUGGCACUUAAGUCCUUAGCGCAUAAUACCCGGUGUACCCACAGCGCACGACAUUGCAUCUCCUUGUCAUCAGCUUCCAUUCCUGUUUGUCCUUAGAGGUUACGAUACCCUCCCAACCUAUUUCGUUGUUGGCAAUUGCGAAGUG